AUGAAGAAACAAGCAGCGGAGACGCAACUCUCAUGUCCUAAGUGCUCCUUGACUCUGUCAGAGCAGGAAGGAUUUACAGCAGCAAUUACUGAAGAUUGGAGAUCACCAUACUUGGAAUACCUCAUAAGUAAAACAUUGCUGGAAGAUCGUAAGCAUGCAUACAAGGUCAAGAAGACGGUAAAAAGGUAUUUUGUGGAUGGGAGCACGCUGUAUAGAAAGGGAUUCAAUGGUGAGCCAUUAAGAUGCCUCGGGACUACUGAAUGUCAGCAAGUUCUACAAGAAGUACAUGCUGGGGAAUGUGGAGAGCAUCAAGGAAGAAAGAAGCUUUACCGGCAGCUGUUAGACUUAGGAUACUACUGGCCUAACAUGCGUGAAGAUGCCCAUAACACAGUCAAGAAGUGUCAUACAUGCCAAGCACACGGAAACUUAAGUCACAAGCCACCGACGUUGUUACAAGACAUGAAAACACCUUGGCCAUUCCACACUUGGUGGUUGGACUUGGUAGGAACCAUUCACCCACCUUCUGGGGGCUUCAUAUGGAUUCUCACAGCAACUGAGUCUUUCACCAAGUGGGUGGAGGCAGAUACUAAAAAUGGUUCGAGUUUUAAUAUUGUAGUACUAAUAUGA